AGUGCGCGAGGGAUCAGAGACGCGAGUGCUUCUGCCCAAAAAUUCAAGUGGACUGAUAAAAUCGUGAUCAUAUAAUUUUCAAAAAAAAAAAACGAGGUUAAAAAAAAAUCUGGAAAAAAAUAACAAAAUAAUUCGAAUAUGACACCCCUGUUAAUAGUUAUCGGUAUAUACGUAGCUUACUAUUUUCUGUACCGUCCUGUAUCCACUUAUUGGGAAAAGAUGAGAGUGCCGCAUAAAUCCUUAUCUCUAAUCGCGAAUGCCAGUGAGACGUUUUUUAAAAAACCAUCACCGGCUGAAUAUUCCCAAGAACUUUACGAUAAAUUCAAAGGCGAGCGCUUUGCAGGCAUCUGGUAUUUCUUUGCACCGAUGCUAUUGGCAAGGGACCCAGAGCUGAUAAGGGCCAUUCUUACGAGGGACUUUGCCUACUGGAGUAGCCGCGGGAUUGUUAUAAACGAGAAGGAAGAUCCGCUGGGUGAAAAUCUUGUUAAUCUCUCAGGUGUCAAGUGGAAAGUCAUGCGAUCCAAACUGAACGGUGCAUUCAGUGGUCGAAAGAUGAAGCACAUGUUCAAUAUGCUGGAAGAUUGCAGCAGGGAAUUUGAAAGUGCAUUGCGCGGUAUCGUCAAGACCAAAGAUAUGGUGGAGAUCAAAGAAAUAAGUGCAAGAUUCAUGACCGACGUCAUCGGCCAUUGUGUUUUUGGUAUCCAGAUUGACACUCUGAACGAUAAGAACAUAGAAUUUCGCACCGUCGGUAAAGAAGUUUUCGAGGUUACUUUACGUAUCAGAUUACUAAGAGUAAUUCAGAUGGCAUUUCCGAAUCUAUUCAAACUUAUAAGAGCGAAAGUACAUUCGAAAAGGGUCACAGGGUUUAUAGUGAAUUUGGUUAAGGAUACGUUCAAGUAUCGCGAGGAGAAGAAUAUACAGAGAAAUGACUUUAUCGACUUGCUUAGAGAGAUGAGGAAGAAGGAAAAGCAAAAUGGAAUAAAGGAUGGAGUCGAAUUCAACGACGCAUUCCUUGCGGCGCAGGCCUACGCGUUUCUAGCGGCCGGAUUCGAAACCAGCUCGACUACAUUGAGUUACUGCGUUCACGAAUUGGCAGUGAACGAAGAGAUUCAAAAUAAAUUGCGUCAAGAGAUUUUUCGUGAAAAAACAAAAAACAAUGGGAUAAUAACGUUGGACAAUAUAAAAAACAUGAAGUACCUGGAUAAACUAUUCAAUGAAACUCUCCGCAAGUAUCCAACCAUUCCUAUGAUCACGCGAGAAGUAACAAAGUCAUACACGAUACCUGGUACAGAUAUCGUAUUGCCAGUUGGAUUAAAGUGUCUUUUGCCAAUAUACGCGAUCCAUCGGGAUCCGAAAUAUUAUCCAGAUCCAGAAAGAUUUGAUCCUGAAAGAUUUAAUGACGAAGUCAAACGAGAAAGACCUGCACAUACAUUUCUCCCAUUUGGCGGUGGACCCAGAUUUUGUCUCGGUGCCCGUUUCGCAGAGAUGCAAGUAAAAGUAGGCCUGAUCAAAGUGAUCGAAAACUUCCAUCUGUCCCUCUGUGAGAAAUCAACGAAUCCCUUGGAACAAGACAACACGGCACGAUUUUUAGGAUCCAAAACUGGAAUCUGGGUACGUGUGCAUCCUACAAACAGACAGACUGACUGAGCUCGAAACUGAUAUAAUUUAGUAUUAACCAUGUAAAAAUACAUUUUUCACGUCGUUCACAUAUCGCCUGUCCCAUCCUGCGAAAAUGCUGUAGGUAUAUAUUGCAUAACAUUUCGUACCAAUAUCCACAAUAUCACAUAAUAUUUCAUGACGAUUUCAUAAUUAUUACGAACGAAACUAGUUCGCGCAAUAUUAUGUGAAAGGUGGUACGUGUAUUGAAUGACAAGCUUCUUCGUCGUUAAAUGCGUAACAAAUUGUGUACGUCACGCUUACGAUAAUUGGACACGCAUCUUAUGACCGUGAGACACUUUAAGUGUCGGUAUAAUGUAUGGGGAUAAAAUUCAGAGACAUUGUGUCAUAGAUUAUGAAUAUAUUUAUUUUUACAUGAAAACCAGCUUUUUUCGUUUUUACUAGAAAUCUGGUUUUACAAGUACGUAUCGUCAUCAGCAUUUGUACAGUCUUCGUAAAAAAUCUUCGUCACAAGGAUAGUCAUCAAAUUUAUAUAUCAUUUUUUUUCGAACGAUGCUUCGAGAAUUAUUCCAAAAAAAAAAAAUCUAUUACAAAAGUCAAAAGUAUAUCUUAACAUUUUGACUUACCGAUAAAUUUCUAUGACCGUUAUAGAUAUAUAGUACACCAGCAAUUAUUUAUCUUAGCCGAUCUUGUAUACGUCCUCUAUAACUUACAAACAUAACCUACGAGGCGCAUCGGCUAUAAUUUACUUUAACCAUAAAAGAUCAAUUACAAUCAUACUAAAUAAACAAUAGCGAAUCAUACAUGAUACUGCAGUCGGUCGAUCAAUCCAUUACAAAUCAUACGAAGACCAAUCGGUACAGUUCGGUACAAAAGUUCUUUGCGAUUCGAAUGAAAAGAUGUAUGCCGUUAGAUUAUUGAUGAAAUAAAAUUAAAUAAAAAAUAAUAAUUCUUAGAAUCAAUAGCAGAUAAAGGUUCCUAAGAAAAACUAUUGGGCGUCUUAUCGGCACGAGAAGGAAGGCCGUGAGUAAAUAUCUAAUAUCUCGCACGAGGAUGUAUCAUGAGAAGGAUGACGUUAAACACUUCACUCGAGUCGCACCGAUACAGCUACGCUCAACGAAAGAUAAGCCUAUUACCGGGCAGGACGGUAUCCUAUCUUUUUAAUGAGCACAUUUAGUUACAAAUGCGCCAUCUUGGGGCACGAUAAACGCGCCGUGUCUCUCUUUUAACUUUGAGCAACCUAGACGCUUAUGCGUAUUACGUAGGCUAUGGGGGAUAUUGGGUUGUGGCGAUAGCAGUCACGCGAGGUCCUAAUGGAUAUCUUUUCACUUUCGCAAUCAGUUCGUUUUCGUGGUUAUUUAUUAUCCUUUUCUUUGAUCCUUUCUAAUCAGCAAUCCAGUUAUUUGACUCAACUUUGUUGAAUUUUUAUUUUAUCACGUUUACGUGCGACUU